CACGAAACUGGUAUUCGCUUGUUAUUACAACACGGUGCGUCCGUCACGAUUCAGGAUGAGCUUGGCAACACGCCGCUGCACUACGCUGCCUUUGGAUCCAAUAUGCACAUUUUCUCCCUGUAUACCGCCGGCCUGCCAGUUGACAGUCCACAUAACGACGCAUUGAAAUCAAUCAAAAACAAUAGCGGAGAGACGCUUCUUCACUGGGCCGCUGCGGGCAAGAAGAUGGACAUAUUACGCUUUCUAUUAUCGUCAGGUGCAAACGUCAAUGCCGCUAAUGACAAUGGCUGGACGCCAUUAAUGUGUGCUGUCGGCAUCUGGGGCUCCCGCGUCGUUGAGCAUCUCCAACCCAACGGCAACAAGCCGCCUGCGACGGCCAAAGAUAGAACGCCGCUACACUGGGCCAUGUUUCACGGCGCUGCCGGCUUGGCGAGGGUUUUGUUGGCUAAUGGAGCGGACGUGAAUGCUGUUGAUGAG